AUGUUUGCGCGGGCGCGGCACGCGUUAAUAACAGUUCAAUUGAGGGCACCCAUCUUCCUUGGUGAUGGUGCCAAGAUGACAAUGCAGUGGUUCCUGCCGGCGCUGCUGGCGCUCAGCGCGCUGGUUGCCGCCGAGCCCCGGUACCCGCAGAGCACACAUCGGCCGCGGCAUUGGCAGCGCGGCAUAAGGACACUUGACGACCGCUCGCCGAGCCAAUUCGUCGGGCCACACGUGUGCCGAAGUCGGAACAGUACGCAUUGCUGUCCCGGGUGGACUUCUAGGCCCAAUUCUUUAUUAUGCGUAGUCCCACUUUGCCGGCCGGACUGUGGCUCUCCAGAGUUCUGUAUUGCGCCCAACAUGUGCCGCUGCCCGAACGGUAUUGAAGCGCCAUCUUGUAAUUCCGGUGGACUUCAUCCAUAUUCGCCUCGUACGCGAGGAGGCUGUAGGCGGAUUUGUAUGAACGGCGGUACUUGUACUAAUGGGACUUGCGCAUGUGCACCAGGCUGGAGCGGAGAGUUCUGCACCGAGCCCAUAUGCCGUGAACCUUGCUUACAUGGCGGCCGUUGUAUCGCCCCGGAUCGCUGUGUGUGCUUCCACGGCUUAUCCGGCACACGGUGCGAGAUCGACAGAAGAACUGGUCCGUGUUACACGGACACGCGCGGCGCUCUGUGCACGGGCGCGCUGGAAGGAGUGGUGUGCACCAAGCAGCUGUGCUGUGCCACCGUGGGCGUCGCUUGGGGGCAUCCCUGCGAGCGCUGCGCAGACCUCGACUGCCCACCCGGACACUUACGUAACCUCGCCACCAAGGAGUGCCAGGAUAUAGACGAAUGUGCAGCAGUACCGGGUCUUUGUUCUGGCGGCAAAUGUGUUAACUCCAUAGGCUCAUUCGCCUGCGAGUGUCCACCCGGUCAGCGACGCCAUCGGCUCACCAACAAUUGUGAAGAUAUUGAUGAAUGCGAAGAACCCGAUAUUUGUCCCAAUGGAAAAUGCGUGAACACAGAGGGUGAUUACUACUGCCACUGCAAUCCUCAUUUUAUCCCUAGUCCAGACAAGAAGUUUUGUAUAGAUGGCAGAGUGGGCAGCUGCUUCACAUAUAUAAGCGAGACUGGCGAGUGUUCUGAUCGUCUUUCGGUGCAGUUAUCGAACCGCGACUGUUGCUGUGGGUUCAACAUGGGUCGCGCUUGGGGAGAACUAUGCGCGCCCUGCCCUCCGAGAGGCUCCAUGGAAUGGUCCCACCUCUGUGGAGGUAUACCGAACAAAUGGCGCAGAAAUAACACGGGAGGCAUCGAAGAGGGCAGUAUUGAAGAGUAUGAGCCUCCAUCCAUAGCUAAAAUUAACGAGUGCAUGUUGCGGAGCGGCAUAUGCGGCCUCGGCGACUGCGUCGACAAGGACCCAGGUUACAAUUGUAACUGCUGGGAAGGUGCUGAGAAGAACGAACGCGACGGAAAUCCAAUUUGUAUUGACAUUGACGAAUGUGCACUCGGAUAUUGCAAGGGCGGUAUUUGUACGAACAAUUUUGGUUCCUUCGAUUGUAGGUGUCCACCUGGUUUCGAUCCCGUCGACAAUAACAGACGAUGUAGUGACCAAAACGAGUGCGAGGUUACCCAUGGUGCAAUGUGCACUAACGGAUUGUGCCGAGGUACCGCUACUGGUUACGAGUGCGUAUGCAAUCCCGGAUACGAGUCGACGGAGACAGGACACGCUUGUCGAGAUGUGGACGAGUGUCGCGAAUCUGCUAACGUGUGUCGGCGCGGCCGUUGCCGCAACUUGCCCGGCUCCUACGACUGUCAAUGCGACGUCGGAUUCGAGUUUGUACCUGGGAGCUACUGUAUCGACAUCGAUGAAUGCGCUGACAAAAGCGUUUGUAAAGGCGGCAGGUGCGUGAACAUCGAGGGUUCGUUCCAAUGCGUGUGCGAGGCGGGGUACCGUCUGACGGCGGACCGCGGCGCUUGCGUGGACGUCGACGAGUGCUCGGAGCAGCGCGUGUGUCGCAACGGACGCUGCCACAACACGCCCGGCUCAUUCCGCUGCGAGUGUCUGCCCGGCUUCACGCUCAGCGCCGAUGGCAGAACGUGCCUCGAUGAAGUUCAAGACUUGUGUUACGAGAAAUAUGAAGACGGACAGUGUUCUGGUCCUGGUAACAGUCCUGUUACCAGGUCUCAGUGUUGCUGUAGUUCCAGCAAAGGCGAGUAUUGGUGGAGAGUAGUUUGUAUGUUAAAUUUUAUUUUGUUUCUAAUCACACUAUUUAUUUAUUCUACGUCUUUAGGUCUUCAUCUAGGCUGGGGUGUGUCCUGCAAACAAUGUCCCUCGAGAGGAUCUCCAGAUUAUGAGAUCCUUUGUCCCGAAGGUCAAAGUAAAGACAACGGUGGUGCAGACAUCAACGAGUGUAACGUUAUUCCGGGUAUCUGCCAACAUGGCACCUGCGAGAACCUCGAUCCCGGCUUCCGAUGCAUAUGUGAUCCAGGAUUUCAUUCAGAUUCAGAUGGAAUCUGCAGGGAUAUAGACGAGUGCGAUAUGCACCAAUCGUUAUGCACAGGUGGCACAUGCCGGAACACGAUAGGAAGCUUCACGUGUGUAUGCCCGCCUGGUACUCGGUACGAGCCUGAUGAACAGAUCUGCCGAGAUAUAGACGAAUGCGAUGGUGAGGUUAUUUUCAUCGUCUCGGACUACGAGCGGGGGGACAUCCCCCCCUCGUUCCCAGUCAACGCAGAACAAUCAAACCCGUGUGACAACGGCCGCUGCAUCAACACGCAUGGAAGCUACGAAUGCGAGUGCGAACACGGAUUCGUUUUGGACGCCACCGCUCAACACUGUAUUGAUAAUCGUCGCGGAUCGUGUUGGCGGCGCGUGGUGGACGGUCAGUGCGAGGGCGCAGCGCCGCGUCCGCUGCUGCGGCAGGAGUGCUGCUGCUCUGUAGGACUCGCCUGGGGCUCACCCUGUGAGCCCUGCGACCUGGAACACUGCCCCUGCCCUAAAGGCUUCGCUAAGGCAAUCGUUGCGUGGACACUCGUCACGAAAUGUGCUAUACAGAGUACAUGGGCGGUCGAUGCACGGGCCCGUUGCGGCCAGUGUUGCGCGCCGUCUGUUGCUGCUCUGCCCUCGGCCACGCCUGGGGGGACUCGCGCUGUGAACCCUGCCCUAAGAAAGGCUUUAUCGAAUUCAUACGAUCUUCAUCCCUCAGGUACGGAUGCGUUCCGCAACUUAUGUAUGUUGGGCACGGUGGACGGCCCGUUCGGGACGUGGGAUCGACCGUGGGAUGGCAGCGGAAACAUGACCGACAUCUGGGACCACAUGAGGCCCAUCGGACCACAUGACGGCGGUGGUGGGCCUGACGAUGAUGGCUCCUGGCCCGGCACUGGAUGGCCCCCGGGCACUAAUACCGAUAAUAACGUGGUGCCGAAGGAGAUGGACGUCAAUGAGUGCUCGGCGUUCCCCGGUCUCUGUGGUCAUGGACGAUGCAGGAAUAUGAUGGGCACUUUUGUUUGUGAUUGCUUCCCUGGAUAUGAACCGGAUUCGAAGAAUCAUACUUGCGUAGAUGUGAACGAAUGCGAAAUCGUGUCUGAUGUGUGCGGCGCCGGUGAAUGUCGCAAUAACGAAGGCAGCUUUUCCUGCCACUGCCGUCCAGGACACAGGGCCGACGAAAUAUCCAAGGUUUGCGUCGCUUUAUAUUAUGAAAGAUAUUUUCUCAAAAUGAAUAGUGAUGAUGAAAUGGAUGAUGGCUUUUUAGAUAUCAAUGAAUGCGUCGAAGACAGGGGAUUAUGUCGGGGAGGCCGUUGCGUGAAUACACCGGGUUCUUUUCGCUGCGAGUGCGCACCGGGAAUGGAACUCGCACCUGACCGCUUUUCAUGCAAGGAUAUCGAUGAAUGUUCUAUCACCUCAGGAAUAUGCAGUAAUGGUGCUUGCGAAAAUCAAAUGGGAACGUAUCAGUGUGUCUGCGAUGAAGGUUACGCACAGUUGACGGUCAAAUCUCACUGUGAGGAUAUCGACGAAUGCGCCGAAGACCCGACCCGCUGCCAGCAUGACUGUGUCAACACACCUGGCUCUUACCAUUGCAACGGGCGCACUUGCCGCGACGUGGACGAGUGUGGCAGCGGGGCACGGCCCUGCGGCGGCGGGGAGUGUCGCAACACGCCCGGUGGAUACUCCUGCGUGUGUGGGGAGGGACUACUGCCAGUGGAGGGCGACCGACCCACCUGCCGGGACAUUGACGAGUGCGCUGAUAUUCGCGAGCUGUGCGGCGCCGGGCAGUGUCAGAACACAAUCGGCAGUUUUGUGUGCCGUUGCCCAGAUGGGUACAGUGUGAAACCUGAGCAGGGCCCCGCAUGUACUGACGACGACGAGUGUGAGCUCGGUACCUGUGACUGCCAUCCCGCCGCCGACUGUAUCAAUUUACCCGGUUCAUUCCAAUGUCGUUGUCGGGAUGGGUGGCGUGGCGACGGCUCGGAGUGCGAGGACGUAGAUGAAUGCGUCACCAACAAUGGCGGCUGCCACCCGCGCGCCACCUGCCGGAACACUGACGGGUCCUUCGUAUGUUUAUGUGACACCGGAUACAAAGGCGAUGGGUAUUCUUGCGUGGACAUAGACGAGUGUGCGAACGACCCGACCCUGUGUGAGAACGGUCACUGCUCGAACACGCCCGGCGGGUACGUCUGCGACUGUGACGUCGGCUUCACCAAGACGCCCGAUGAAAAAGCUUGCCUCGAUAUGGACGAGUGCGCGACGUUCGACAAUGUCUGUGUAUUCGGUAGAUGCGUCAACACAUACGGCAUGUUUAAGUGUAUCUGUGAUAAAGGAUAUCAAUCGGAUAAUGUAGAUGAAUUGAUGCCUGGGUUUAACUGUACGGACGUGGAUGAGUGCAAGUCACCGCAAUCAUGUCAGUACGGCGAGUGUAUCAACACUCAGGGCUCGUACAUCUGUCGCUGUCCUCCCAACUAUGAGCUUGUCUCUGAUGGAACUGCUUGUUAUGAUUCAAGAAAAGCUCGCUGCUACGGCAAUGUGGACCUGCGUUCGGGCACUGAGCGCUGCCACGACAGGGACGAACUAUCCGAAGAUGGCACUAUGGCGGCAUGUUGCUGUUCUGUCGGUGCUGCAUGGGGCAACUACUGCGACCUCUGUCCUGAACCAGGGACGGAAGAGUAUCGGCAGCUUUGUCCCGGAGGGCCCGGAUACCAACCUGUUUUGGAGCCUCCUUCAUAUGUCGUGACGUUAGCUGACAUUGAUGAGUGCGAACAGCACCCCGCUCUAUGCGAGCAUGGGACAUGUACGAAUACGUUUGGGUCGUUCGUGUGCACAUGCGGCGACGGGUGGGCGUUAUCUGAAGAUGAACAGCGCUGUGUGGACAUCGAUGAGUGCGCCGUCCCCGAGGUGUGUGGCCCGGGAGUAUGCCGGAACAUGCCCGGUUCAUACGUGUGCCUGUGUCCCGAGGGAUACGUGCCGAUGCCUAGUAAUAAGGAAUGCGUGGAUAUCCGUCAGCGGCAAUGCUACUUGGAAUGGGACGAGGAGACGGGCAAGUGUUCGAACGCCGCUGGUGCGCCGCAGACGCGGCACGUGUGCUGCUGCUCGGCGGGGCGGGCGUGGGGCGCGCCGUGCGAGCGCUGCCCCGCGCCCGGCGCGCCUGACCACGUGGCGCUGUGCGGCGCGCGCCCCGGACAGUACAUCAACCCCGUCACCAACGAGACUAGGCACAUCAACGAAUGCGAGAUCAUGCCGCAGCUGUGCAAGCCAGGCACUUGCCACGACACCGCCUCCGGGUUCACGUGUGGCUGUGACCACGGGUGAGUAUGACAAAUCUUACGCCGUGAUGUACACAAUGCGAAUGCAAACGGAGUUGUCAACUUUGGAGAUUGUGCCUUUGGAGAAACAAAAUUCGUGACGUUUGGAUAGUCAUCGAAAAUCCAACCCUGAAUGCGAAACAUCUGCGUCUGUGUAACGACGUUAAUCGCUGUUGACUGCGAAACCAUACUGACAUGAACACAGUAAUUUCAUCGAGCUAAUAAUAGAGCGAAACAAAGCACAUGCGAAAUGUUGCCAUACAACUGACAAGAUUACGCUAAUGUACAUAAACGCCAAGAGUAAUGUGAAAAUAUGCAAAUGAAGAUGCGAGUAAGAUGCUCUCUAGGCGAAGUAAAAAACAAUCCCCUCUUCCAUACUCUUCGAAAUUCGCAUUUGGUAUAUUCGAUAGAGACUAUAUUUCGAAUUUACGAGCACGACAACACAUCACACCUGUGUCGCGACAUCGACGAGUGCGCUCUUGGUCGAUCCCGUUGCCGAGGCAUGGCGCAGUGCGUGAAUCUGCCCGGCUCGUACGAGUGCCGUUGCCCACCCGGGUACAAGCUGAUGGCCGACAUCGAGGAGUGUGAAGACAUCGAUGAGUGCGCCGACAAGCGACUUUGCGAGCAUGGCGACUGCAGGAACACAGUCGGUUCCUUCAGGUGCGAUUGCCAGCCUGGGUACACUUUACGCGACAACGUAUGCCGUGAUGUGGAUGAAUGUGCGCGUCCACGGCCCAUGUGCCGAAACGGCACUUGCGAGAAUCUGCCCGGCUCUUACACCUGCCACUGCGACGCAGGCUUCAAGCCUGGUCCCAAUAAUGAUUGCAUUGACAUCAACGAGUGUCGGGAUGGUGGCAUAGUGUGUCGCAACGGACGUUGCCGCAACACCGUGGGUUCAUUUAGGUGCGAGUGCGUGGCCGGAUACACGUUGACUGGCGACGGCCGCAACUGCCGCGAUAUCGAUGAGUGCACCGAGCUGCCUUACCCUUGUGGACGAGAUGGAUCGCCUUCAUGCACUAACACCAACGGAGGAUACGAAUGCUCAUGUGGCGAAGGAUGGCGUCUUCAUGGAAGAAAAUGUGAAGAUAAAGAUGAGUGCAAAGAGCUGCCGUACGCGUGUGCUGGCGGUGAAUGUCACAACUUUAAUGGCUAUUACAAGUGCGACUGUCCGGCCGGCUGGAGGUUCGAUAAGGCGGCGGCGGUGUGCGUGGACGAGCGGACGGAGAUGUGCUACGACGAGUACGCGAGCGGCCGUGCAGCAUGGGGUACUUAUUGCGAGCGUUGCCCACCGCCUGAAUCACCAGAAUUCCACCGUAUCUGCCAAGGUGGAAUGGGACGUCCCAAUUUUACACAGGACCUGGAUGAGUGCAAAGUUCGUCCAGACGUGUGUCGCGACGGUCACUGUGUGAACACGGACGGUUCGUUCCGCUGUGAAUGUAGUGAAGGUUAUGUGUUGGAUUCGACUGGUCUCGCCUGUGAGGAUGCAAAUGAGUGUGCUGCUGACCCACGCAUAUGCGGCAACGGAACAUGCACUAACGUAGACGGUGGUUACCAGUGCACCUGUAACCUGGGCUUUACAGAGGGACCUGAUCAUACUUGCGUGGACAUCGACGAGUGUGCGGAGGGGCGGGCGACGUGCUCGUUCCGUUGUCACAACACGCUCGGCUCGUUCCGGUGCACGUGUCCAUACGGGUACGCGGUGGCUGCCGACGGCAUACACUGUCGCGACAUCGACGAGUGCGCCGCUGAGGUGCCGCCCUGUCCUCACGCCUGCGAGAAUAUAGUCGGAUCUUACAUCUGCAAAUGCCCUGACGGUUUCCGACGCGUGAUGUCAGUACCUCAUUACGCUGUAGACGCGUGCGAAGACAUCAACGAGUGCGCUGAGCAGCUGGAGCUGUGUCUGCCCGGCGUGUGCGUCAACAACGACGGCGGGUUCGUGUGUGACUGUGAUGCCGGAUACGAGCCUAGCGAAGACGGGAAAGCUUGUAUCGAUCGCCGAACGGGCAUGUGUUACAGAUCGCUCGUGUCGGGACGUUGUACGCCGGAACCAUGGCCUUCUAGGAUAUCGUCUUCAACGCCUGCUUUGCCACAACACGUCACAAAGGCUCAAUGUUGUUGUACACUCGGUGCCGCAUGGGGUCCGGAGUGUGAGAUAUGUCCAGCGCAUGGCUCAGCCGAGCGAGCGCAGCUCUGCACGCCGACUAACCUUGGCGGAGGGGGCAGCAAUGGUGGUGGAGGUAGCAAUGGUGGUGGAGGUGGAGGAAAUGGCUGGGGCGGUGGAAAUGGAGGGGGUGGUGGCAACAUCGGCGGGGGAGGCGGCAGUCACGGUGGGACCAUUCCUGGCGGAGACCACACUGUCCCUGGCGGCGGGGGAAUGAUUCCAGGAGGAUUCCCAGAUAUAUAUGGGGAUGUGGAUGAGUGCGCCGCCAUGCCAGGCCUGUGCGCACCCGGCAGAUGCGUCAACACCAUUGGCAGUUUCCGUUGUGUGUGCGGGCGCGGCUACCGUGCGGCGGGAGACAUAUGCGCGGAUAUAGAUGAAUGUGCGUCGCGGCCGAAGCCCUGCUCGCAGACCUGUCGUAACACCGAGGGCUCGUACGAGUGCGGGUGCCGCGCAGGUUACGAGCUGGAUGAUGACGCCGCCGACUGUCGCGACGUGGACGAGUGCGAGCGCGGCACGCACACCUGCCAGCAGACCUGCACCAACACAGACGGUUCCUACGAGUGCUCCUGCCUCGAGGGAUACGAGAGGCGAGGCGACGCAUGUGUCGAUAUCAAUGAGUGUCACGAGGAGGGCAUUUGUCCCACGCCCGGCAAGUGCGUGAACUUACUGGGCUCGUACCGAUGCGUGUGCCCGCGCGGGUACAGGCUGGACCUGACGGGGCGGUGCGUGGAUCGCGACGAGUGCGAGGACGGCCGCUGCCAAGCGCCCUGCAGAAACUACGCCGGCGGCUACCGGUGCGACUGUCCCGCAGGUACGGUGCGGUCUGGUACGGCGUGCGUACCGGUGGAUGCGUGCGGAGGCGGCGCGUGCGGUUCAUCGCCGUGCUUCCCGGUGGGCGGCGCGUACCGCUGCGGCUGCCCCGCCGGGUACGGAUGGGACGCAAGGCACGCCGUCUGUCUACAGUCGCUGGGCGAGUCAUUCCAGUGUGGGUGUCCCGCGGGAUAUCGGCUCGUGGGCGCGGGACACUGCCUCACUGCGCUCGACGCUGGGCUGGCGCCUGACGAUAUCGGGGACGCGCCUGUCUUCCCGCUCCGCGACCAGUACAAGGUCGCCAGUGGCACUGGAGAUCUCAUAUCUAACGAGGGCUGCUUCAGCUGUAAGAUAAACGGACGUCAUCGACGAGCUCCGGAAGAAGGUAUCGUAUUUGCGAACGGAACCACCAUUGUCAGGAAACGCAGAAGACGAAGCCGACGUCGCCGAUCCCUACUGGAGCCGGAGGCGGAGUUGAUAGUGAUAACGGCAUCGGCGCGUCAGACGUGGGGCCGCGCGCCGCUACUGCGGCUGGUGCCGGCGGCGGGGCGCGCGCGCGCUCAUUACCGCAUCGCGUACGGCGACCACGACAACCACUUCCUGCUGUCCAAGCGUGACGGCGCCUGGGCCCUGCGACUGCGCCGCCACCUGCCCUCCAGCGCCGUCCUCCAACGGCAGCUGGAGGUGGAGGCCCGGUUCGUGCCGGUACCGGACGCGGGCCGCCGACCGAACAAGCGGAGUCGCCGCCAGAUCGACCUGAACACGCCGCCCCCUAUGCGACUAUACGUCACCGUCCGCAUCGCCCCGCCGAAACGCUGAUCGCGUAUGCCGCGCCCUCUCCUUAUGUGUUUCGUUUUCGAUCGAUUCCAGGGCUUCAAUUCUGCUAAAGUUAACUUAGUAAUCGUGUCUCGAUUGAUUGGAUUUUACCAUUUUCCUAUCUAUGCGAGCUCCAAUAUUAUUAGGGCAAUGUUUUCUUCAAUUUUGUGAUUUCUUACCGAGAACUGUGUCAAAAACAGUUGUUAUAUUUACUCGCCAUAGUUACGCGUAAUAUAGGAAUCGACUAAUCAACUUAACUUAUUGUUGAUAAAUACUGACCCGAUUCGUUUAGGAGAGAUGCGUUGAGCGCCUCCUCGAUAUAUCGAUUUUCUCGUAUCAAGGUUAUCGAAAGCUAUAUUUUUCUGUGCUGACUUCCGCGACGACUGAUAUAAUAGUCACCAUAAAUUAUAAUUUUAUUUAUGUAAAUAAUUAAAGAUCGUUUUACCUCCUAUUAUUUUCCUAUUAAAAUCACUGCCACUUUUUAUUCAGUCAUCGAGCAAAAGCUAACUGUCAUUCGCGUUGUGAAAAAGAAUAAUUUGAAAUGGAAAAUCUGAACGUUCUAAAAAGAGCAAGUUAUAAAAUAAAUUGGAGACUAGGCUAGUCUUACAGAAUUAGUGACGCUGAUAUACGAAUCGUUUUCUUAGUAAUACUAGGUACGUAUUCCAUUCUUCUUCUAUAGUGUAAGAAAACAAAAUCAUUUGAUAAAGUGCACGCUCCAUUAGGAUCGUCAAAUUGUUAGGACGAUCUCGUUGGCAGUAUUAAAUUGUGUGAAAUGUUGAAUGCAAUAUAUUUUUAUGUAGUUAGUUAAAAUUAUAGUAGCAAUUACCAUUGUUGUAAGCCUAUUAUUAAAUAACAAAUUAUUUUAUUAAAAUUAUAGCAAUAAUUGUCGAUAAUUUUAAUAUUGUCACGUCACUAUUUGCCAUUUAAGACCAGUGUAUGUUCUAUGAAUUAAAUAAGUAAUGAAUGAACGAAUAAAUUAUGAAAGCUAUUUAUUUUUAUUCUCAUUAAUAGAUUAAGUUAGCAAUAUAAAUUUGAUAUUUUGUGAAAUUAUUUUAUACUUUCGUAUGAAGUAUUGAUCAUAAUAAUAUUUAAUAUUUAGACCAACUGGUCUAAGUACAAAAGUGAAUCAAAUAGAAAUGUUUAAUUUUGUAAAUAUGUGUAUACAAAUAAAAAAAUAAUAUAAUAACGUAGUAGGAUUUAAGAAAUAAUUAAAUUGCAUAAGUUUUAUUAGUCAAAGGAUGAGAAUAAAGUAAUAAACUUUUAAAAUCACAU